UAAGAUAUUUUAAGGGUUACUACUGAGAGCUUUUCAGUGAACCGAUGAGGAAAAUGCUUUUCAAAUCAGUUUUUUUCUGUUUAUGUUUAUGGCGUCUGGUUGGUGCAUCGGGUGGUGAUGAAAUGAAGUUAGUGAACAUAGGAGAUUCAAUCACUCUAAACUCUGGUCUUACUGAAAUAAUGGAUGAUGACUGGAUUCACUGGAGGUUUGAAUUUGAAUACACAUUACUAGCUGAAAUCAAAAAACAGGCAGACAGAUUCAAUGUAUAUGAUGAUGUACUUGAUGGGAGAUUCAGAGACAGACUGAAGCUAGACAAACAAACUGGAUCUCUGACCAUCACAAACGUAAGGAUGAAACAGGCUGGACGUUAUAAACUGCAGGGCAGAAGUUUGUGGAAGAGUUUCUUUAUCUCUAUCAUUGAAGAGAUACCAAUGAAGGAGGGAGAUUCAGUCACUCUAAACUCUGAUCUUACUGAAAUAACAGAUGAUGAGAUUCAGUGGAAGUUUAGAAGAGAAAACACUUUAAUAGCUAAAAUCAAUAAACGAGCAGAUGGAUUCAUUGUAUAUGAUGAUGUUCUUGAUGGGAGAUUCAGAGACAGACUGAAGCUGGACAAACAAACUGGAUCUCUGACCAUCACAAACACCACAACUGAACAUGCUGGAGCUUAUGAACUACAGAUCAACCGUAUGAGCAUACAUUACUUUCUCGCUGUCUAUGAUGAAAUAUCAGUGAAGGAGGGAGAUUCAGUCACUCUAAACUCUGGUCGUACUGAAAUAAUAAAGGGAGAAGUGGCUAUGUGGGUGUAUAUGAAUGACAUAACUUUCAUAGCUCAAAUCACACCAUGGCACAACAAUAUCACUAUAUAUGAUGAUGUUCUUGAUGGGAGAUUCAGAGACAGAC